AUGCUUUCGAGGGAUUGUAGCCCCAAGGCUCCCGACGAAGGACUUUCUCCUUUGCCAGACGACAAUGCUUCGCUCAAUGUCGAUGGCAAUGCCGAAGCCAUACCCACCGUUGACGAGUCGCUCCAAGCACGAAUUGAACGCCUGGGCCGUGAACGGCCUCCAAUCUUUCCAACCCGCUGGAGCGAAAUAAUCUUCGUCUUCAGCAUCUCUAUGUCUCAAUUCUUGACAGAAUACUUCGUCUCGGGUUUCACUGUCAUCCUUCCAACACUGAUCACGGAGCUCAAUAUCCCGCAAGCAGCCAGUGUGUGGCCAGCAACCGCGUUCUCCCUCGUCAUCGCCAGCACCUUGCUCGUGUUUGGCCGUCUGGGUGAUAUGUGGGGAGGAUAUCCCGUCUUCGUGGCGGGCCUCGCCUGGCUUCUUGUCUGGAGUAUAAUAGCCGGGUUCAGCAUCAAUCCGCUGAUGCUCGACCUCUGUCGGGCCCUUCAGGGGUUAGGAGCUGCGGCAGCCCUGCCGACCGGAGUCAUGCUCAUGGGAUCGUUGUAUCGUCCCGGACCACGAAAGAAUCUCGUCUUCGCAGUAUACGGCACUUCAGCCGUAUUUGGGUUCUUCGGUGGCAUCCUCAUGGCAGGCAUUGUUGGUCAAUUCACGCGCUGGGGCUUCUACUUCUGGAUCGGCGCCAUCCUGACGGCAAUCACGCUGGUGACUUCAAUCUUGUCCAUUCCGCGUCCUCAUUCGAAAGACCGAGCCCCAAGCCUGGCCAAGAUGGACUACCCCGGCGCCGUCACGAUCGUCUGCGGCCUCGUCCUCGUCGUAUUUUCUAUCUUGCAAUCAGCACACGCCCCUGCAGGCUGGAGAGCACCAUACAUUCCCGUCUGUCUCGCGCUUGGUGUCUUGUCACUAGGUGCUGCAGCCUACAUCGAAACGCGCGUCGCUGCGCAGCCUCUCCUGCCAGCUUCCAUCUUCACGACACCCUGCAUGAGCCCUCUCCUUUUGGCCCUCUUCCUGCUUUACGGCACGUGGGGUGUCUUUUCUGUCUACGGCACACUCUAUUUCCAGAACAUCAUGUCAGCGAGCCCGUUGCAGGUGGUGGCGUGGUACGUGCCUCUCGGAGUCGCAGGCCUCAUCAUCAGCGUCGUCGAAGGCUUCAUCCUGCAUCUGGUUCCAGGACGAGUGCUGUUGAUCAUCGCCGGCCUGGGCGCCGUAGGGUCACAGCUUCUCAUUGCCAUGAUUCCGCUCGGAGGGAGUUACUGGGCGUGGAUCUUCCCUGCCGUCAUUUUCAGCACCGUGGGGAUCGAUCUGCCCACGAUCCUGGCGACAGUCUUCGUGACCACGACGUUUCCCACGUCACAGCAGGGGCUGGCGGGGAGCGUCAUCAACUCUGUGCUGCAGCUGGGUGUGGCCUUCGUCCUUGCUUUGACGGACGUCAUCCAGGCGGCAACAGUAGAUGAGGUAGGAUUGAGGCAGAGUUAUAAGAACACCUUCUGGUUCGGAGUGGGUGCUGCAGCUGCGAGUCUGUUGAUUCUGGCCAUCUGGGGGAAGGUUCCAAAGGCCAGUAGUGAUUUGACUGCGGAUGAGAAGGCUGAACUUUUGGAGGAGGCGAUGACUGAGCAGCGAAGGCAAUCAGUCAGGGGGGGCUGUACUCUGAGCGAUGCGUGA